CCCUCCCAGCAUGAAGCGGGAGCCGGGCGAGUGGAGAGCAUCCACGCUGCGUGUCAGUCAGGAGUGGAGGACGUGGAGGAAUCCGCCGCACGAGCCGACAACCAUGGCCCGAGUCGCCGUCUCUUUUGUGCUCUUCUGGCUGCUCUGGGGCCCCCGCUGUGCUCUGGGUGGAAAAGUCAACAAGCACAAACCGUGGAUAGAAGCUUCCUACCAUGGCGUGAUCACAGAGAACAUGGACACCGUGCUGCUGGACCCACCCCUUGUGGCCCUCGAUAAGGACGCCCCGGUUCCAUUUGCAGGGGAAAUUUGUGCCUUUAAGAUUUAUGGUCAGGCGGCUCCAUUCGAGGCGGUGGUGUUGAAUGGCACGUCAGGAGAAGGCGUACUGAGGGCCAGGGGCCCUGUGGACUGCGAGAGCCAGAAGGAAUACACAUUUAUUAUCCAGGCCUAUGACUGCGGCUCUGGACCCACUGGGGCCGGCUGGAAGAAAUCCCACAAGGCUGUGGUUCACGUUCAGGUGGACGACGUCAACGAGUUCUGCCCGCUGUUUCGGGAGCCGCACUACAAGUCUUCAGUAGUGGAAGGCAAGAUCUAUGACAGCAUUCUGCAGGUGGAGGCCUGGGACCAGGACUGUUCUCCACAGUACAGUCAGAUCUGCAACUAUGACAUCGUCACAGCAGGCACACCUUUUGCCAUUGACCGCAAUGGUAACAUCAGAAACACGGAGCGGCUGAGCUUCGACAAGCAGCAGAGCUACAAGAUCAUGGUCACGGCCUUCGACUGCGGCCAGAAGAGAGCCAAGGAGGACGUGGCGGUGCAUGUUGAUGUCCAGCCCGUCUGCAAGCCGGGAUGGCAAGGCUGGACCAAGCGGGUGGACUACGAGCCCGGGACCGGCAGCAAGCCCCUGUUUCCCAAGAUGCACUUGGAGACGUGCGGCGGACCUCUGUCCGGCAUCAAAGUCAUGCUGGAGCUGCAGACCAGUCACAUUGGGAAGGGCUGUGACCGGGAGACCUACUCUGAAAAGUCUUUGCAGAAACUCUGCGGUGCGGCGUCAGGGAGCACAGAUCUCCUCCCCGCCCCGAGUCCGGCCACGAACUGGACCGCGUCUCUUCUGACCGACAGCGGGCGUGACAGCGACCUCAUCUACAAGUUCGCCGGGCGUCAGGCAGCCAAUAUUCCCGAUCACGUGGUGCCCCAAAACCUGACGGACCAGUUCACCGUGGCCACGUGGAUGAAACACGGGCCCAGUCCGGGACUCAGGGCUGAGAAAGAAACCCUGCUCUGUAACUCUGACAAAACCGAAAUGAACCGCCACCAUUAUUCUCUCUACAUCCACAACUGCCGCCUGGUUUUCCUGCUCAGACGAGACUUCAGCCAGCGCGACACUUUCCGACCUGCUGAAUUCCACUGGAAGCUAGAGCAGAUCUGUGACAAAGAGUGGCACUAUUACGUCAUCAAUGUGGAGUUUCCUGCCGUCACGCUCUUUGUGGACGGUGUGACCUAUGAACCCUACCUGGUGACGGACGACUGGCCCUUCCACGCCUCAAAGAUCGACUCGCAGCUCACAGUGGGCGCUUGUUGGCAAGGUGGCGAGGUAGCCACUCCGCGCUUCACCCAGUAUUUCCGUGGCAGCUUGUCGGGCCUGACGAUCCGCCCGGGCCGCAUUGAAACCCAGAAGGUUAUCUCUUGUCUGCAGGCCUGCAAAGAAGGUCUUGAUAUUAACUCCCUGGAAAGCCUGGCGAAGGACAUCAAGUUCCAUUUUAACCCCGCACAGUCGGUGCUGGUGGUGGAAGGGGAGGACCAAGACAGUAUCAACACGGCCAUGACUAAAGUGUCCUACAUAAACUCUCGCCAGUUCCCAACGCCAGGCCUUCGACGGCUGCACAUCGCCACCACCGUACUGUGUUUUGGCGAAGACGCGUGUCUCUCCAUCCCGGACGUCAAGGCGGUCGUCAUGGUCCAGCCGCCCAGCGAACCGAGAAUCACCAUCACAGGAUCCAAUCGACUUGUCAGGCCUGCCGCUGACCUCAGGAGCCCGUUGGGCGUGGCGCCUUUCAAGGAGCUCCACCUCACCAGUACAGUAAUGAAGGGCGACGGCUUCUCUGGAUCUCGCAGGCCAGGUGUGACGGAGGUGAUGCACAACUUGGACUACUGCGAUAUCCUGGUGAUCGGGGACGAACUGGACCCAGAAAGAGAGAGCCUGCUCAUCCAUCACAGCGCCUUGCUGGGAAAACACCUCGACGCCACCAACUCCACCUCUGGAAUAUCAAUAUAUGGUGUGGACUCCAUGGCCCACUACGAGCAGGCACUGCGUCAGGUGCGCUACAGGAACUGGCGACCCGCCACCUUGACUGAAAGACGGUUCAGACUCACCUGCUCUGAACUCAACGGUCGUUACACCAGCAACGAGUUCAUCCUGGAGGUCAGUGUUCUUCACCACUUGAAGCCCGUGGAACAUGUCAAUCACAUGGCUGCUCAGCCACAGUACAUGAGACCCGUCCAUCACCCACUCAUGAUACACGCUCCUAAUGCACACAUGUCUGGACCCGCCCCUCCAGCAGCCACGGUGGUUAUCGUGGUGUGUAUCGCCGCCCUGGUGGUGAUGGUGGUGAUCGGCGUGUACAGAAUCCACGCCACUCACCAGGAGGGCUCCAGAGAGGAAGAGGAGGACGCUAAAGAGCCCAAGAUGGAGUGGGACAAGUCUGCACUCACCAUCACUGUAAACCCCAUGGAGAACGUGAAAGGAGCUCAGGCUCCUCGUGAAGAGGCGAGCGGAGGGCAGUGCGGGGAGGAGGAAGACGAUGGAGAAGAUGUGGGAGGAACGGCGAGCGCAGAGUCGGAUAAUAGUGAGGAGGAGGAGGAGGAAGGGCGGAUGGAAAUGGCGAAGGAGCAGAAGUGGGACAGUUCCUUCAUGACAUACUGACCACACACACACACUGAUAAGAAAAUAUACCUGCACAAUAAUCAUUCCUAGUCUCUCUUCACACACAUUUCCAAUCAGACAUCUCCCCCUGCUGGACACAGAUGAAACCGCAGCCUGACUGCUCCACCCCAUGUUCCUCAUUCAUGACCCAGCAUGGUGUCAAAGGUCGUAGUGCUCCUUCUUUUCCUUUGAUAUUUGCAAGGAAAAUGUUCAUGUCAGAUUAUUUAUUCUUCAAGAUGGUGAAAGACCGUAUGGAGUAUCAGACUGUCUGAUUGUGGCGGUCCACUCCCUGUAUGAUCAGUGUCAGAGCUUGGUCCGAUUGCCGGCGGUAAGUCGGACACGUUUCCAGUGAGGGUUGGACUCCGCCAAGGCUGGCCUUUGUCCCCCAUUCGGUUCAGAACUUUUAUGGACAGAAUUUCUAGGCACAGUCAUAGAGUGUUGAGGGGAUCCGGUUUGGUGGCUGCAGGAUUAGGUCUCUGCUUUUUGCAGAUGAUGUGGUCCUGAUGGCUUCAUCUGGCCAGGAUCUUCAGCUCUCACUGGAUCGGUUUGCAGCCGAGUGUGAAGGGACUGGGAUGAGAAUCAGCACCUCCAAGUCCGAGUUCAUGGUCCUCGCCCGAUAAGGGUGGAGUUCCUAUUCCGGGUUGUAGGAGGAGACCCUGCCCCAAAGUGGAGGAGUUCAAGUACCUGAGAGUCUUGUUCACGAGUGGAUGGUGAAAUCGACAGAUGGAUCGGUGCGGCGUCUUCAGUAAUGCGGAUGCUGUAUCGAUUCAUUGUGGUGAAGAAGGAGCUGAGCCGGAAGGCAAAGCUCUCAAUUUACCGGUCGAUCUACGUUCCCAUCCUCACCUAUGGUCAUGAUCUUUGGGUUGUGACCAAAAGGACAAGAUCAUUACCAUGAAUUGAUUUACAUGGACCCCGACUUAAAUAAGUAGAAAAAUGUAUUCAGGUGUUACCAUUUUGUGGUCAAUUGUACGGAAUAUGUACUGUACUGUGCAAUCUACUAAUAAAAGUUUCAAUCAUUCAAUCAAUCACGGGUACAAGCGGCCGAAAUGAGUUUCCUCCGCCGGGCGGCGGGUCUCUCCCUUAGAGAUAGGGUAAGAACUCUGCCAUCCGGGAGGAACUCAAAGUAAAGCCGCUGCUCCUCCACAUGGAAAGUAGCCAGAUGAUUUGGUUCAGGCAUCUGCUCAGGAUGCCAUCCGAACGCCUCCCUAGGGACUGGCAGGAGGCCAGGGGGAAGACCCAGGACACGUUGGAAAGACUAUGUCUCCCGGCUGGCCUGGGAAUGCCCCGAGAUCCUCUGGGAGGAGCUGGACCAAGUGGCUGGGGAGAGGGAAGUCUGGGCUUCUCUGCUUAGGCUGCUGCCCCCGCCGCGACCCCACCUUGGAUAAGUGUAAGAAAAUGGAUGGAUGGAUGGUGAAAGACAAUAUCACAUGUAUCAGUUCAUGCACUUAUUCGGAAAUAUUAUUUCAGAUUGUUGUAUUCCACAUGACCUCCGAGGAAGUUAGCAGGCAACUUUGGCUUUUAGAGUAGUUUGUAACGCGGUGGAUGAGUUGGUGUGUCCUCUUUUCCAUUUUAGCAGAGACCUUUGUGCACUUACUGUAUCUCCAAAACGCCCACCCACCAAAACAACAACAACCUUUUGCGUGACCACUGGCAAACACAAACAUAUUUUUCUUACGGUGAAUCAAAAGGACAGAACAGGACUAUUUGUGCAGGGUUAUUAUCCUUUAAGUGGAAAUAAUUAUCAUCAUUCCAUUAAAUACAAAUCAAAUGUUAAAUAAUAAUAAUGUAACCUAUUUUCUUCUCCGCUUUGUUUUCUUUAACAAGGAAAGUGUGAAUUAUUAAUACACUGAAUUCCUUAUUUAUGAUUUCAAAAAAGACAUCACCUUACCUUAAAGGCCUACUGAAAUGAGAUUUUCUUAUUUAAACGGGGAUAGCAGGUCCAUACUUGAUCAUUUCGCGAUAUUGCCAUAUUUUUGCUGAAAGGAUUUAGUAGAGAACAUCCACGAUAAAGUUCGCAACUUUGGGUCGCUGAUAAAAAAGCCUUGCCUUUACCGGAAGUAGCAGACGAUGUGCACGUGAUGUCACGGGUUGUACGGCUCUUCACAUUGUUUACAAUCAUGGCCACCAGCAGCGAGAGCAAUUCGGACCGAGAAAGCGACGAUUUCCCCAUUAAUUUGAGUGAGGAUGAAAGAUUUGUGGAUGAGGAAAGUGAGAGUGAAGGACUAGAGAAAAAAAAGACUAGAGGGCAGUGGGAGCGAUUCAGAUGUUAUGAGACACAUUUACUAGGAUAAUUCAAAUCCAGGCUCGGGAUCUUUCUGUGUGGAGUUUGUAUGUUCUCCCCGUGAAUGCGUGGGUUCCCUCCGGGUACUCCGGCUUCCUCCCACCUCCAAAGACAUGCACCUGGGGAUAGGUUGAUUGGCAACACUAAAUUGGCCCUAGUGUGUGAAUGUGAGUGUGAAUGUUGUCUGUCUAUCUGUGUUGGCCCUGCGAUGAGGUGGCGACUUGUCCAGGGUGUACCCCGCCUUCCGCCCGAUUGUAGCUGAGAUAGGCGCCAGCGCCCCCCGUGACCCCGAAAGGGAAUAAGCGGUAGAAAAUGGAUGGAUGGAUGGAAUUCUGGAAAAUCCCUUACCUGCUUAUUGUGUUACUAGAGUUUUAGUGAGAUUAUAUGGUCGUACUUGAAAGUCGGACGGGUGUGGUGACCGCCAGUGUCUCCGAGGGAAGCCACGUUUCUCGACGAGGCGAAGGCAGCCAGUGGGGCCGGGCUGAGAUUUAUUUAUUUUUUCCCUCCUCCACGGUGGAAGCAUCCGACGGUCGGGGGCUGCCGGUGGGAGGAGGCAAGAGAAGAGAAUCUGCAGCUGCCUCUUUGACAGGUGCAGGAAGAUCGACGCAGGCUCUCCGCUCAUGUCUACUGUAAGAGCCGACUUAUUGCCACCAUUUUCUCACCGAAACCUGCUGGUUAACAUGUGGUAGGGAACCAUGUUCGCUUGACCGCUCUGUUCCAUAGUAAAGCUUCACCUUCGGGAAUGUGAACAAGGAAACACCGGCUGUGUUUGUGUUGCUAAAACCGGCUGCAAUACAUCGCUUCCCACCUACAUCUUUCUUCUUUGAUGUCUCCAUUAUUAAUUGAACAAAUUGCAAAAGAUUCAGCUAGAGGUGUCCAGAAUACUGUGGAAUUAUGCGAGGAAAACAGACGACUUAUAGCUGUGAACGGCGCUGGACCAAAAUGUCCUCUACAAUGCGUGACGUCAUUCUACCGCGACGUUUUAGCAUGAUAUUUCCGCGCGAAAUUAAAAUUUGCAAUUUAGUAAACUAAACGGACCGUAUUGGCAUGUGUUGCAAUGUUAAUAUUUCAUCAUUGAUAUAUAAACUAUCAGACUGCGUGGUCGCUAGUAGUGGCUUUCAGUAGGCCUUUAAUGGUCCAAUCACCGAGUAGUUCUCUUCCGCCAUUGUUGACCUGUCUGUGACAUCAUCACUGUGCGACAUUCGUCAUGUUUUGUGCUUCUGACAGAGCAAAAUAACUUUUACAUUCAAACAAACAAAAAAAACUACCUUGUAAAGAAGGAGUUCAAGAGAGUUGUUUUAUAUAUAUGUUUCCUUUUUUUGCUUAUUUGUUAACAAACGGUCUCCCUCUGUAGUGGUCCUAACCCACUGCUUUAUGUAUAUUGACCAAUAAAGACUGUAGACUAUA